AAGUUUGCUAUAGGUUAAAAUGUAACUAGACCGACCUGCUUCCCAUGACUCUCACGGGACCGGUCAAACGUCUAUCAGCUUGUCAUUUGCGACGAAGUCUUGCAGGGACAAGCGAAGAACAUACAAAGAUUAGUGCAACAUACGCACGGUGACGCAAGGAAAAUGACCAAAGACCCAACGAAAAGCGAUGAUGGUGGAGCAUCAGAGUCACAACCUCUGUUGGGUGACAAGAAAGUGUCUACAGACCACACCCCUUCCUCAACAUGCCGCUUACCAAUCGAACCUAUUCCAUUAUUCUUUCUCCUCGCCAUUGGUCUACAGAACCCCAUUUUGAAAGAGUUUCUGUACUACAAACAGUGUGAAAAGAUCAACAUCACUUUUGUCUGGGACGACAAUUCCUCCAAGUGUUUCCUUAACUUGUCUGAUCCGGGGUACUUGGCUCAGCAAACGGCCCAGGCCGGCGCUUCACAGCAGCUUCUGUACCACAACAUUGCCCUGUUGUCCCCGGUGUGCUUUUCUGCCAUUUUCUUUGGGGUUUGGAGCGAUCUAAGCCAAAGACGAAAGGUCGCUAUCGUGCCUCCAAUCUUUGGAAUGAUCAUCCAAGCCGCCGUCUACCUGCUACUGAUGGGGUUUGAGUUCUCUUUCGAAUUUGUCAUAAUUGGCAUGGCUUUUGUUGGUCUUUUUGGCUAUUAUUAUACUCCAUUUGUUGGCAUCAAAGCCUACUUAGCCGACGUAACACCCCGCUCUCAACUCACAUUUCGCCUGGCUGUACUUAGCGCUUUUGAAGGCAUCGGCAUUGGGCUUGGGUAUGUAACGUCGGGCCUCUGGAUUCAAUGGCAAAAAUCUUUCACAACGUCAAUGUGGAUUCCGUUAGGCUUGUUCAUCUUCAUGUUUCUGUACGUGAUACUUCUUCCAGAGUCUUUGCCAAAGUCAGAGAAAAAACUGUUUUCCUGUUCGCAUUUUAGCGCUUUCGGACGAGCAUGCAAGUCGGCAAAAAAUUCUGACAUUAACUGGGUGCUCUUAGGAUGCUAUUACGUUGCCUACAUUUCCGUGCACUUUGCUGACGGGGCUUUUUCUGAGAUAGUGAAUCUCUACUUAAUGAACUCACCUUUUUGUUGGGAUCCUACGAAGAUUGGUAUACUCCUUGCUGGCAUGUACGUUGGAGGACACAUGAUCAGUGCAGUAGGAAUCCGUGUGUUCGGACGAGUCAUGGAUGACCUAUGGAUCGCAGAGAUAGGUGUACUGUCAGACGUGUUGGCGAACACACUCAUGGCUGUAUCUGCUUAUCUUCCACACCGGGACAUCAUACCCUUCAUCGUGCCCUGUGUCCGAAUGUUCGGCCGUAUGCAGCAUUGCGUCAUCAGUUCUGGCAUGUCUAAACUUGUUUCACAGGACCGACAAGGUUCAGUAUUCGCGCUUCUGUACUGUUUUGAGGCCAUUAACAAGUUGACCCAGUCGCUGGUGUUCCUUCCCGUGUACCGGGCCACUCUGCACUGGUUCCCGGGGUUUGGUUUCCUCAUCAACCCGGCCAUCAACUUCAGUAUCACCGCUCCGGUCCUAGGAUUCGUGCAUUACCGUACACGCAACCGGUCCACGAUGAGUCAGCUCACAAUCAACUAA